CAAUUUCUUUGUGUGCAUCUCAUUUACAUUUCUUAACUAUAUAGUCUUUCUCAAUUUUCCUUUCAGUAAAUUUGACCCUGCAGGUUCCUUUUUCUAGCAAAAUUCAUUAAAUGCCUCUACAAUUUUUAGUGUCUUUAUUACAACACCAUUUGCUUAUUUCACAUUUUCAUCAAUUUUCCUCACUGAAAAACUCAGCCUUUAUGACUCUUAUGUUCAUUUGUUGAUGUCAAAAAUCCAAAAAAGUUUGAAUCUUGGUGAGUUUUUAUUAUUGUUUUCUUGAAAAUAUGAAUUGAAUUCUUGAUAAAAUUCAUUAAGAAUGUGUUCUUUCACUGAAAGUUUGAAUCUUUUGAGUCUGUUUUCCAUUCUGUUGUUGUCACAAAUCAUAAAGUUUGAAUCUUGAUGUGUUUUUAUUGAAAACAUGAAUUUGAUUCUUGAUAAAAAUUUGAUGAAAGUUGUGUUGUUUCACAUUUUUUUAUCCAUUUUCUUACUGAAAGUCUGAAUCUUUUGAGUCUGUUUUUCCAUUUUGUUGUUGGUUUUCUGUUGUCACAAAAUCAUAAAGUUUGAAUCUUGAUAUGUUUUUCUUGAAUUUUUGGGGUCUUGUUAAGAUUCAUGAAAGUUGUGUUCUUUCACAUUUUGAUCAGUCUUUUGAGUCUCUUUUUCCAUUCUGUUGUUGGUUUUCUGUUGUCACAAAUCAUAAAGUUUGAAUCUUGAUUGGUUUUUCUUGAAGUUAUGAGGUGGGGUCUUGUUAAAAAUUCAUGAAAAGUAGUGUUUCUUUUGCAUCUUCAUCAAUCUGAAAACACUUAAAGAUUGAACCUUUUGAGUCUGUUGCCAUUGGUGUUGUUCAUUUUCUAGUGUCACAAAGCCAAAAAGAUUGAAUCUUGAUGAGUUUUUCUUGUAGUUUUCUUGAAGUUAUGAAGUGGGGUCUUGUUAAAAUUUCAUGAAAGUUGUGUUCUUUCACAUUUUCUAGUGUCACAAAGCCAAAAAGAUUGAACCUUUUGAGUCUAUUUUCAUUGGUGUUGUUCAUUUUCUAGUGUCACAAAGCCAAAAAGAUUGAAUCCUUUGAGUCUGUUGCCAUUGGUGUUGUUCAUUUUGGCCAAAGAGAUUGAAUCUUGGGUGAGUUUUUCUUGAAGAUAUGAAUUGGGUACUUGUUAAAAUUCAAGAAAGUAAUGUUCUUUCACCAUCAAAUCACCCAUUGUACCUUCUUCAACCACCUCCACCACCACUUGUUAUACAUGAUUCUAAUGGUGGUAGUGGUGGUGGUCUUUUCAAUUUGAAUAACAAAGUUAGUCCAACUAUACUUCUUGUCAUCAUAAUUCUUGCACUUAUCUUCUUCAUAUCUGGUUUACUUCACCUACUUGUUAGAUUCCUAUUAAGGCCAACAACUAGAGAUCCAGAUGAAUUAGACAAUGUAACAGCCUUUCAAGGUCAAUUACAACAACUUUUUCACCUUCAUGAUGCCGGUGUUGAUCAAUCUUUUAUCGAUACACUUCCUGUAUUCAAUUACAAAUCCAUCAUUGGUGUUAAAGAUCCUUUCGAUUGUGCAGUUUGUUUAUGUGAAUUCGAACCCGAUGACAAACUUAGAUGGCUACCAAAAUGUAGCCACGCUUUUCAUAUGGAGUGUAUUGACACUUGGCUUUUGUCACAUUCAACUUGUCCUCUUUGUAGAGCUAGUCUUUUGCCUGAUUUCUCUUCAUCAUCAUUAAACAACAAUCAUACUUGUUCACCUAUUGUCUUUGUUCUUGAAUCCGAUAGUGGAAGUUCAAGAGAAAACAACAGCAACAACAACAACAACGUUGUUCCUUAUAGUCAUGAGUUGUUGUUUGACUCAUUGAGGAGGAACAAUUCAAUUUCAAGAUUGAGUUUGAGUAGUUCCCUCUUUGAUGACCACAACAUGAGUGUCUCUGAUGUUGUUGUCGUCGCGAAAUCUUGUGAUGAAAUCCACGCAAGAGAUGGUGAGAUUGAAAAAGUAGUGCAAGUGAAACUUGGGAAAUUCAAGAAUGUUGAUAUACGAGAUUCGAGUGAUGACAAUGAAGAGGGAAGUAGCAAUAACAUUGAUUCAAGAAGGUGUUUUUCAAUGGGAUCAUUUGCUUAUAUACUAGAUGAAACAACAAGUUUACAUGUUCCUAUUAGGCAAACAUCAUCAAAGAAGCAAUCAAUUUACAAGCCAAAUCAUAGACAAGCAAUGUCUGAAUGUGGAUGUGAUGAUUCAAUAAGGGAAUUCAAUGGAUUUGAGGCAUUCAAAUUCGCCGAAAAUCCAAUGCAGAAUAUCAACAAUCAAAACAAGAUUAUUGAAUGCAAAAGAGAGAGCUUUUCAGUGUCAAAGAUUUGGUUAAGGGGGAAAAAAGAUCAUGAGAAUGCCAAUUCAAGAAGGGCAUUUUCGUUCCGGCUACCUACUAUCAGCCGGACUAUCCCAAUCGCAGCACAGCCAGAUGGCUCUGCCGCGACCGAGAAUGGUGGUACUAGGAGGACAACCUCAGAGAUUGAUGUUGUUACAUGGGAAAAAAAUGAAGGAUUUGAUGAAGAAAAUCAAUGUUACAAUAGAUUGGAAUAUCAACCAAAAACACCAUCUUUUGCUAGAAGAACACUUCUUUGGCUUAUGGGAAAACAAAACAAAGUUGUUCACUCAUCUUACUCAUCAAAUCUCUAGUCUUUAGUUUUUGGACUCUUCAAAAAUGUCUAUGCGCGCGUGUCGGAUCCUCAAAAAACAGUGUAUUUUCGAAGGAUCCGACACGGGCGCGACAACAUUUCUGGAGAAUCCAUGCAAGUUACUUAGCUCAACACAACAUUUAGCAUAUUGAAUAUGGCCUUCAAGAGUAAAUUAUGAUUAUAGAUGAUCAAUUUUAUUGUUUUCAAUAUCUAGCUUAGUGUAAUUUUUUUUUAGAUUACUAUAUUAAAUUUUCAA